AUGUCAGCCACAACCACGGCUCAUUGUGCAUCUCACCCUGUGGGCCUUAAGAGUAACUUCAAGCAUCCUUUCAAAUUUCUACACGAGAAGCUUCAGCCAAAAAUCAACAAUGUUAAAGUUGCUUUCAGUCACAAAAGACACGAGCUUGGAAAGUUGGGGAAUACAUUCAAUCCCAACCAUCGUCAUGACGAAAAACACGAGAAAAUCACCGACGACAAGAGAACAAGGAUUAGCAGCGGUCAUCCAUUUCAAUCUUUUGCACCCGAGCGCCCUGGGAACGAUGUCAAGUGGUAUGUCGAUGGACGGGACUAUUACUGGGCAGUCUCAAUUGCUCUAGAGCGCGCGAAAGAGACCAUAUAUAUUGAGGAUUGGUGGCUUUCUCCCGAGUUAUUCAUGCGAAGACCUCCAUGCUUCAACCAAGAAUGGCGGCUGGACCAGAUUCUAAAGCGUAGAGCAGAAGCGGGCGUCAAGAUAUACGUGAUAGUCUACCGCGAGGUCGAGGCUGCUCUUACAUGCAACUCCAAACACACAAAGCAAGUCCUUCAAGGAAUCUGCCCUGUAGGAAGCAAGGGAUACGGCAAUAUCGUGGUCAUGCGCCACCCAGACCACAACCGUUUCGAGAACGCUGCAGACAGGACCUUAUAUUGGGCUCACCACGAGAAAUUCGUGGUUAUUGACUAUCACACAGCCUUUAUUGGCGGUCUUGAUCUCUGCUUUGGGAGAUGGGAUACUCAUCAACAUCCGCUUGUUGAUGUGCACCUAGGAGGAAUUUUCAACGAAAUCUGGCCAGGUCAGGACUUUAACAACAAUCGCGUGAUGGAUUUUCAGAAUGUCGAGGAGUGGAAAUCUAACGCGCUGUCUAAAGCUGAGUAUGGACGUAUGCCAUGGCAUGACGUUGCUAUGGGGGUCCUAGGACCCUGUGUGGUCGAUAUUGCAGAACAUUUUGUUCUACGAUGGAAUCUCAUCAAGAGGGAUAAGUACAAACGGGACGGCAGGUACAAUUGGUUGAUUAUGGAAGGUCGAGAUGGGCGUGAUGAGGACCUAAUUGGAGUUCAGAGACCGAAUUUUCCUGUUGGGGAAUACGUCUCUCAUCCGCUAUCUCCACUGAGCAGCAAGGCUCUGGGUAACCGAGGCACUGUUCAUGCUCAAGUUGUUCGAAGUAGCUCCGAUUGGUCCAGUGGUAUCUUGACCGAACACAGCAUUCAGAAUGCAUACAGUGAAGUGAUCCGCAACGCACAGCACUACAUCUACAUUGAGAAUCAGUUUUUUAUCACUGCCACCGGGGAUAAGCAGGCGCCUAUCAAAAAUACUAUAGGGAAAGCGAUCGUGGAGGCAGUGGUGCGAGCCGGGCGAGAAGGUCGGAAAUUUCGUGUCAUUGCAGUUAUCCCGGCCAUACCCGGAUUCACAGGUGAUCUCCGACAUGGUGUGGCGGUGGGAACAAGACGUGGUCCUGAGGUGGGAACGAGAGCAAUCAUGAAUUAUCAAUACCAGUCCAUCUGUCGGGGAGAGCAAUCUAUUUUCGAGCAAAUUAGAGCCCAGGGCGUGGACCCUGCUCAGCACAUUUUCUUCUUCAACCUUCGCUCCUACGAUCGCCUAAGGGCUACAACGGCUCUUGAACCGCAUGGGGGAAAGCAUGGUGUCAAAAACCGGGAAGUUCAAAUGGCCGAGGCACAGCAAACUACGGAUUCAGGGAUUCACAGUGCAGGAGACCAAGGAGGAGACCUGGGUAGGCAUAUACCUAAUUAUGGGGACUACGACGAAGAAAAGAGGACAAACGCAAAGCGCAGGCAUGAGACAGCAGAAGAGCCAGUUGGCUCUAAUCGCGCAACAGAGAGGACACAGAGCGUCGCCAAGAACGCGAUGUACCAAAUGCCAAAGCUCGAAGAUGAGCUCCAGGGAUGCAACACGAUAGGGGAAGUAGAUAGCUGGGUCCAGGAAGAGUUGUAUAUCCACGCAAAGCUCCUGAUCGCUGAUGACAGGACUGUCAUUUGUGGCAGCUCAAAUUUAAACGAUAGAUCCCAACUAGGAUCUCGUGACAGCGAGCUUUCUAUUGUCAUGACGGAUACGGAGCCGCUCGAAUCGAAAAUGAACGGACAGGAGUUUGUAGCGGGGCGCCAUGCUGCCACACUCCGACGGUAUUUGUGGAGAGAACACCUAGGUCUCCUGCCACCGCAAGAUUUAGACGCCAGAAGAGAGGCAAAUGCGCAACCGCCGGGCAUACCAAACGAUCCUCACCAAGGCGACACCUAUGAAUUCGUGGGUGAUCCUCUCGGUAACGAGGUCUGGCAUAUGUGGACGUCGCGCGCCACUCAGAACACCAACGUUUUCAGCGAGCUAUUCCACGCUGACCCCGACAACUCCGUCAAAACCUUCAAAGAUUACGACAAAUACCUCCCUGCAAAGGGUACUAAGGCAGGACAUGUAUACGAUCGGACCCUGCCACGUAAAGACAUACUCCGCAAGCUAGACCUAGUUAAAGGGCAUCUCGUGUGGAUGCCUCUGGAAUUUUUGAAGGACACGCCGAUGUCCGAACCAGGCAUCCAGUUCAAUUCCUUGACAGACUAUGUCUAUACCUAG